AUCCUGUUCAAUUUUCUUUCAUUUUCUUUCAGUAAAAAUGGCCCCGACUCGUAGUAUAAUCGGAUUUUUAAGUCCGAAAACUCUUGGUUCUAUAUUAAGCACCAACAUUUCUAAAGCACCAUGCCGCCGUUUUUAUCAUAAGUGCAACAAUUGUGAUUUUUAUACUGGUCCGAUAAUAACUUCGAUUGGAAAUAAAAAUUCAAAGUAUAACUAUGUCGGUCCAAAACAUCGAUUUAUUCACACUACAAACACUUUAAAUGCUCGUGUCGACUACUACAAAGUUUUAGGAGUUGCUAAAAAUUCAUCAGCCAAAGAUAUUAAGAAAGCAUAUUAUCAGCUUGCCAAAAAAUAUCACCCUGAUGCCAAUAAAUCCGAUCCUGAAGCUUCUAAAAAGUUCCAAGAAGUGUCUGAAGCAUAUGAGAUUCUCUCGGAUGAGAACAAACGCAAACAGUAUGAUACAUAUGGCACAACUUCAGAGCAAAUGGGAAUGGGAGGUCCAGGUGGCGCUGAUGGAUUCACACAUCAAUGGCAAUAUAAAUCUACAAUAGACCCCGAAGAAUUGUUCCGGAAAAUAUUUGGAGAUGCAGGCUUUAAAAGCGAGAGUUUCAGUGACUUUGCUGAAAGUCAAUUUGGUUUUGGUGCUGCACAAGAGGUUGUUUUAAAUUUACGGUUCACGGAAGCAGCUCGGGGUGUCAAUAAGGAUGUGAAUUUGAAUGUAGUGGAUGUCUGUCCCAAGUGCAAUGGUUCCCGUUGUGAGCUCGGAACUAAAGCAAUCAAAUGUACUUAUUGUAAUGGUUCUGGAAUGGAGACCUUCUCUAGAGGUCCAUUUGUGAUGCGCUCCACUUGUCGACAUUGUCAUGGUACAAGAAUGUUAAUUAAAUUCCCAUGCAUUGAAUGUGAAGGAAAGGGCCAAUCGGUGCAACGUAAAAAGAUAACAGUUCCAGUGCCAGCGGGUGUAGAGAAUGGACAGACAGUUCGUAUGGCAGUUGGCAAUAAUGAGGUGUUUAUAACAUUUAAAGUGGAAGAAUCUACUUACUUCAAGAGAGAUGGUGCAGAUGUUCACACUGAUUGUUCUAUUUCUGUGGCACAAGCGGUAUUAGGCGGCACUGUCAGGAUACAAGGCUUAUACGAAGAUCACACGCUGCAGAUAAUGCCGGGAACAUCGUCUCACAGCACAAUUCGCUUGUCACGUAAGGGGAUGAAGAGAGUCAGCCAACACGGCUAUGGAGAUCAUUACGUACAUAUAAAAAUACAGGUACCUAAAGUGCUGUCAGGGAAACAGAAGGCUUUAAUGUGCGCAUACGCAGAGUUGGAGGAAGACACGCCGGGACAAGUGCAAGGAGUCUCCUUCGAUAGAGAUGAAAAUACCAAAAAUACCAGUAAAAAUGACUCGGAAUCUGAAAAGAUUCAUCAUAUGAAUAAAGAUUCAGAAUAUUCUGGAAGGAAAGAAUCUAAAUUGUGGACUUUCAUAGAUAGUUUGUUAGAUUCUUGUAGGAAUAAUCCAGCUUCUUUUGCUGUCGGUUUUCUUAUGACUGUAUUUUUAAUUAUUGUGUUUGCGAUAUCCGAUCCUAAAGAUAAAAUCGGUUUCCAAGAGUAUGUAGAAAAAAUGCAGGAGAGAAAUAGCGGCUUAACCCAAGAUAUGGAUAGACCUUUAGGUUAUCAAAAUUCAUUAAAGAGAAAGAAGGAACAGCCUGAAUUAUAUGAGGCUUGAAUUUCUAUGUUCAGAAAAUAUCCUAAUAUAUAGAAUGAUUCAGUAUUGGAUUUUAGUUGACAAUUUAUAUUUGAAUGGGAGGUUAAUAUUCUGUUUCUAAACACCUAAACUUUGUAAGUAAAACAUACUUUUUACUAAUCCUAGUAAAAGUGUAUUCAAUUUAACCUUUGUAAGUUUGUAAUCACAGAAUUAUUACAGACUUGAGAUUGCAGAAAAAGAUUUGAGAAACAAAAAUUGUAUCAAAAGUUUAAAAUAAUACAUUGUUAUCUAAUGUUCAUAUAAUCUCUUAUUUUCACUGAAUUUAACUAUAAAAGCUAUUGUUUACAAAGUUUGGGUCAAUAUUUGGAACAAAUUAUAGGAGAGCCCUAAGAGCCUGUCCCACCAAAUUGUAAAUUGUCUGAUUCAACAUGUAAAAUGUGAUGCAAAUAUCGAAUUUUGUUCCCUUAUCUGAUAGUGACAUCAUUUUUGAAUUAUCUGAGACUCUAUCAGCCAGUUGUGGGACAGGACCUUAAUGCUUUAUAACACUUUAACCAUUUUUGUUAAUUUAAUUGUAAAUAUUUUAUUUAAAUAUGAUUAUUUAUGUUUUAAAUGGGAUAUAGUAUGAUGGUUGAUUUUGUGAUAUUGUGUAUAUUUAUUUCUUGAAUAUAAAUGUUAAAUUAAAAUGUCGUUUCAUUUAGUCCCGACCUUAUCCAUCAUGCUAUACUCCAUACCUUUAGUCAAGUUUGAUG